AUGACGUUGCAUCUGAAGGUAAUCGUUCAAGGAUUUAGAGUCCCCGCCGCCGUAGUUCUUGCAUUUUUGGUUGGUUUUUUUGACCGUUUACACCCUGUGGCAAUCCUUGCUCCACGCACCACCCCAUGCACAACGGAAACUCGAUUCCUCAACUCCCCAUUUACCUUUGAGGAUUUUCAUCACACAUUGAUGCUCGGAAAGAAAUGCUGUCUCAUUUUGUCCUUACUUACCAUACAUCUUUGAACAAGUACAUAUCUUAAAGC